GGCAACUCGACGGAGCAGCAGAUCGCGGACGUGAUGAAGCAGAGCGCGGUCAGCAAGGCGAGGCCGAAUCGCGAGAAGAAGGAGCACGUGCUGAUUGUCUAUGACGCGAAGCAGAGCGGCGAGUCGAUGACCGCGCCGCACGACAGGGUCGCGCCGUUCAGGUCGGCCCACUACAGCAAGCUCAUUUCAGCCGUCCUCAAGAUGCGGGGUGACACCGAGAACCUGUCGGACGGCGACGUCUUCCUCGUGUACGAUGCCUUUCGGCACGGCAACGAAGGGGAGAUCGGCCGCUGCUUCAAGAAGCUCUCCGACGGCAAGCAGAUCGAGAAGCAGAAACGCACCAUGUACUUCAUGUAUGACCAGGACAGCUUGGCUCAGCACCGCGGCCUCACCCGCGGAGGGACUGUCAUCCAUCAGUGCGAAUUCCUGCACCUGUUCACGGCCGCGCCCCUGGACCUCGGUGAAGACCGCGACCGUCGCUACUACAAAGGGACCAACAAAGGUGAUACAGUUGGUCCUAUCGCCAUGCCUGCUUCGGCUGACAUGUGGCACCUGAGCUUCACCGCCAAAAAGGAAUGCUACGCCUCGCACAG